CUUUUAAUGAUCAAAUAAUGACAAACAUAGUUUUGAUGGUCUAUCACGAAAUGUUAUGAAUUGCAAUUUUAUUGAUGUUUAAUAAAAUUUAAUUGAUUUAUUUUCAAAUAUAGUGACAAAUAUCGCUAUAUAUCAUAUAAAAAUAAUUUAUUUUAUCUAUUCACUAUCAUAUUUUUAUGUCAAUUGAUAUUAAGAUCGUAAUCAUAACCUAAAUAUCAAAUAAUAAAUAGUAUCUUUUAAAUUUUAAAAUAUCUUCUUAUAAUUUUAAUAGUAUUAUAAAAUAUUAUUAUAAUGAAUCUACCACGAAUAUUAAUAAUAAGCACAGAAAAAGGAAAAGCUAAUGAAAUUGCUAUAAAUAUAGGAGGAGAAAAAUUAUCUAACCAAGAUCAUUUUGAUUACUAUUUAUGGAAUAUUCAAAAUAAAUAUUACAAAGCACAGGUAUUGAUAUGUGUUAUAGAAAAUUCUUCUCAAGAUAUUUCAAUCAAUGAUGUGGAAGCAUUGAUUGUACAUCAUGAUCCACAGACAGAAAAUGCAGAUCAGAAUUUAAAGGAAUGGUCAUCUUUGAUUGCUUCUUUAGCAGAAGUAGAAGUAUUACUGUUUUCUUGUAAUUUUAUAGUAGAUACUGUUAUUAGAAACAAAGUGAUAAAAUGGUGUUUACAAAAUAGAUUUGAGUUAAUUGAAUUAAAUAGACCUGAUAUAGAUGCUUCAGAAGCUGAUUCAGAAAAUAACAAAUAUGGUAUUGAGAGAAUUAUUGAAGCUUUACAUGCUCAUAUGUGGCCAAAUAUGACACUUAAAGGAAAACCAUCAGAUAUGGAAGAGCGAAAUCCUGACAUGAAUAAAGUUGAAGAACAAUUUGGAAAAAUUGAAUUAAAUCAAGAUUCUACAGAAACAUUGCCAAUAGAAAAUAUGUUAGAUGGAAUUAUGGGUGAAGAAAAUACAGAUUUUGGAGAAUUGUUUAGUCAAUUAAAAGCUAUGAAAGAACAUGCAGCAUUACUGCCAACUAAUCAAAGACGUAUAGCAGCUGAACAAUUAGUCACUGCUUUCUGGAAAGCAAUGGGUGGUGAUCCAUCAGAAAUGGAAGAUUAAUCUACAUAUUUAUUUUAUAAUGCAUACAAAUUCAUAUUAGAAACAUUCUAUCUUAGUACUUUUAUUUGGAUUUGAUAUGUUAAUUUUCAAGAACAAAACAGCAAAAAUAUUGUUAGAUAAUUAUAAAAUCUUAAAAGUUGCUUAAAUGAAAAAUGAACAUAAAAUAAAAAUUAACGUAAAAUUAUAAUUAAGUAAAAAUUAACGUAAAAUUAUGAUAAAAAUAAAAUUAAAGUUAUAAUAUUGCAUGUGUAUAAAAUAUACAGUUAAUUAUAAUGUAUGUUUUGUAGUAAAACUU